AUGGGAAAGCACGACAAGAAGUCGGGCAAGGGGGAACAAGGUUAUCGCGCGCGUUCCGCUUUCAAGCUCGUCCAGCUCAACAAAAAGUACAAGUUUUUGGAGGAUGCGCGCUGCUGUAUCGACUUGUGUGCCGCCCCUGGCGGUUGGCUGCAGGUCGCGAGCAAGCACAUGCCGCCCAACAGCUUGAUCGUCGGUGUCGAUUUGGUGCCAAUCAAGCCCAUUCCGCGGUGCAUUACGUUCGCCGAAGAUAUCAACUCGUACAAGUGCCGUGACCAGCUGCGCACACACCUCAAGGACUGGCGCGCGGAUGUUGUGCUGCACGACGGUGCGCCGAACGUCGGUACCGCAUGGGUGCAGGACGCCUACGCCCAGUCGGAGCUCACGCUGCAGUCGCUCAAGCUCGCCGUCGAGUUCCUCGCCCCAGGCGGUACCUUUGUGACGAAGGUUUUCCGCUCCAAGGACUACAACAACCUGAUCUGGGUCUUUAACCAACUCUUCCACCACGUCGAGGCGACCAAGCCACCGUCGUCGCGUAAUGUCUCGGCAGAAAUUUUCGUCGUGUGCCAGCGUUUCAAGAACAUGACGCGCAUCGACCCCAAGUUUUUGGAUCCGAAGUACGUCUUCAAGGAGCUGGACGUCACAGGCGGUGCCAAGGACAUGUCCGGCACCAGCUCGCAGAAUCUCUUGGAGAACGUGGUGAACCCUGAAAAGGCGCGCCGUAAGCGUGAGGGAUACGAGGACGGCAAUUAUACCCUGUACAAGACCAUCUCUGCCGAUGCAUACAUCCGCGGCUCCGACGCCAUCGCCGCACUCGGCACGUACAACCGCAUCACGUUUGAGACGGAGGAGGAUAAAGCACUGCAGCGCGAUCCACUCACUACGGCCGACGUCCUGGCGAACUGCGAGGAUCUCAAGGUGCUUGGCCGCAGCGACUUUGCUAUCUUGAUGAAGUGGCGCAAGGCGAUGCGCGAAAAGCUCGGCAUCGACCGCUCCAAGAAGCAGCAGCGCGAGGACGAAGCGGCGGCCGCGGCUGAAACCGUCGAGAUCGAGCCGCUGGACGAAGAGGAGGCGAUCGACGAAGAGCUCGUGCGCCUCAACGAAGAGUCCUCCAAGCGCGCACGCAAGGAGCGCCGCAAGCGCAACGAGGCGCGUGCUAAGGCGAUCCAGAAGCUGCAGCUCAACAUGACGACGCCGAUGGACAUUGCAGAAGACUGGCAGGACGAUGCGCUCCAGGGUGGCGCCGAGACCUUUUCGCUCGAUGCGCUCGAGGGCCGCGGAAACAAGGGCGGCAAGGUCAACACGGCCGAGUUCCUCGACGCCCAGGAAGCGCUCUCGGACGAAGAGCCGGAGCAGGGCGAGGAUGAGGACGAGGACGAGGACGAGGACGAGGACGAAAGGGAGCGCCGCGUCCAGGAGCUCGAGUCGGGCAUGGACUCGAUGUACGAACAGUACCAGGAGCACAUGCAGAUGCGCGACGCCAAGUUCCGCGCCAAGGAGGCGCGGCGCAAGUCGUCCAAGUACGAGGAGUGGGGCGGUAUCGGCGCAGAUAAGAAGGACGACGAGAGCGACAUCGAGAGCGAUGUCGAGACCGGCUUUGACUCGGUCAACCGCCGCAAGUUCCUCGAAGAGACCUACGACUCGGACGAUGCUGAGGACGAUGAUGACGAGCGCAUGGACGCUGCUGAUAACGCGGCACCCGCGCCGAAGAAGGCGCGCAAGGCGGCGAAGCCUGCGCCUGCGCUCGACUCUGCGCAGCAAAAGGCGCUGCUUACAUCGCUCGAGUCGGGCAACGAGCUGAAAGAGCGCGAGAGCAAUGCGUCUGCAAUGUGGUACGACAACCCCAUCUUUAAGGAUAUGAUUCCGAUGGAGUCGCUUAUUCCUGCUCAGUCGAAGCGCGACGAGCGCGACGCGACGCCGGACCUCGACGAGGACGAAGGAGAGGAAGAGGAGGAGGACGCCAAGGAGGACGAGGCGGACGACGACGACGAGAUCGAAGUCGUUCCCUCCUCGUUCGGUGUCGAUGUGCCCGAGGGCGAGUGGAGCGUCUAUGAUGAAGACGAAGAGGCGAAGAAGCAGGAGCACAUUGCCAAGCACGGCCUGCACACGGCCGAGGCCGUGUCGAUGGCGCAUGCGCUGGUCAACCGGCAAAUGACCAAGACGGAUUUGGUGAACCAGGGCUUUACCAAGCACAACUUCAACGACAAGGGCGGUCUGCCCGAGUGGUUCUUGGACGACGAGAACAAGCACUACCGUGCCAACAUCCCUGUUUCCAAAGAGGCCGUGGACGCACUGCGUGCUCGGCAGCGUGCGCUCGACGCGCGUCCCAUCAAAAAGAUUGCCGAGGCCAAGGCACGCAAGAAGCACCGUGCUGCGAUGCGCCUCGAAAAGGCGCAGAAGCGUGCCGAGGCCAUCAACGAGAACUCGGAGCUGUCGGAGCGUGAAAAGGCCGAGAACAUCAACAAGAUCAUGGCCCGCAGCAUGGCCAAGAAGGCAGGCAGUGAAAAGCAGGCGCCCCAGGUGGUCGUGGCGCGUGGCUCGAACCGUGGCCUGAAGGGCCGUCCGAAGGGCACCAAGGGUCGCUACCGCAUGGUCGACCCUCGUAUGAAGAAGGAACUUCGGGCGAAGAAGCGCAUCGACAAGCGCGACGGCAAGAAGCGCAGCUCGGGCAACAAGCAGCAGCGCCGUAUCCCCAAAGGGUACUAG